AUGGUGCUCAGUUCCUCUAUACUUUCCAAGUCUGUCUACUUGUCGAGCAUGGAAUCCUUGUACGGAGUCGUCCUCAUCACCCUAGCGGUCGUUGGUUGGAGCUGGUAUCGAGCGAAUAAUCCCAGAGCACUGCCUAGCCUACAGGUCAAGAACUUGUGGACGAGCGCUGAAAUCUUGGACAAUUUCACACCACGAUCCUGGCAGCGAAACGCCUAUGAUGCCUUCAGUGCGCGACUUCUCAUGCAACAACCUCAGAUUUUUCCAUGCGUAUAUGCGGCCAAAGGCUUCAAGGCCCGCGAACAUCGAUUCUGCUUCAUCGACCCUUUGAUGUUCGAACCAGGCUCCAGCAAACUAGACGCUCAGUAUACUUCUCUAAGCGCCUCCUUUGACGAAUACGCCCAGAAUUGGCGAAACAUGGGUCCCAUGACUUCACUUGUUGUCCUAACCCCUUUGUCGUCUCAGGAGGUCACACAGAAGACACGGACAUUACGAGACGACCGCAGCUUGUUCUGGCAGCUUUUACGAGAAAUCAGUGAUCGUGACCCAUCAGAAUGGCCCGAACAUGUCCCUGAAGAAAUCAAGGAGGGUGCGUGGACGCUGAGGUUUCGGGGAGAGGCCUUUGUGGCGCUUGCGCUGAGCCCUCAAUACGAGAAGCGACAGUCACGAUUCUGUGCGGGAUUUGUGCUUGCUUUUCAGCCCAUUGCAAUCUUCAAGGCUCUGUCUUCAAGUCCGGAAAAGUGGUCUGAUGCGACCGGCAAGGUGCGCGCUCUCACGGAUAGCUUGGAUCAUGUGCCUUACAGCGAAGAUGUGAUUGCAGUAGGAAACGGCGAGAAGUCAGUGGGCGCCAUGUUCUUCUUGAGUGACGAUGAACAGUCUUGGGGUAGUACAUAUAGCAAAAUUCGCAGUGGAUGA